GUAAUUAUGGGAGAGGAUCCAUCCUACCGUAACUUUAUGGUCGUCUUCCUCAUUCAUUCAUUCAUUCAACGACCCCUCUCGCUGCUACCUGUCACCUCUCAGCUGCUAAAUCAUUCUUCUUCUUCCUCCUCUUCUUCUGUGCGUUAAUGGCGAUCUUCUGAUCUGCGCGAAUCUUCUAGCUUUGCCUUCCAUAUCUGAAGAUGGAGGAUUGAUUUACCUUCACUCCCCAGUAGUCCAUCUUCUCUUCCUGUCUCUGCUCUGAUUCGUGUGAUGCUCAAUUUGGCUCCAGAUCGCUCGACCGUGCGAUCUUCCGAGCUACUGAAGCUCAGUGGAGCUUCUGAUUGGAAAUCCAUGCACGGAGAUCCCCUCCCCUGCAUCCGUCGGCAGGAUUCAGAUGGUACCACCUACUAGAGCGCACUUCCUUAGUUGCCGCAUUAUCUUUAAGAUAAAGAGGAGGAGAAAAUGAGGGCGAGGAGCAAACACAGAAAGUCAACCACUUGGGGCUGCAAUGCUUGGAGCAGAGUAUCUAUGUCUACUGUGGUGUGGAGCUUAAUAGGUUGCCUGCUUAUGCUUCACCUAUACUCCAUUGUUCGCCAACGAGAUACAAUAGGAGGGAUCCGGUUGCACACGAGUCACCACAUAUUAUUGCGUGAACUCGAGGCGGUUGAGGAGGAGGAUAUCCAAAUUCCUCCUCCUAAGGGUAAGCGAUCCCCACAUGCUGCAAAGAGGAGACCUAAGCGGAAAACCACACUUAUUGAUGAAUUUCUCGAUGAGAAUUCCCAACUGAGGAAUGUCUUCUUCCCUGAUGAAAAAACCGCUAUAGACCCAAUGAAGGAUGUUGGGGAUGACAGCUUUUACUACUUCCCUGCGAGAAUUUGGCUGGACACUGAAGGCAAUCCUAUUCAAGCACAUGGAGGCGGUAUCCUAUAUGAUGACAGAUCGGACAUGUAUUAUUGGUAUGGAGAAUACAAAGAUGGCCCUACCUACCAGGCUCACAAAGAUGGACCAGCACGAGUCGACAUAAUUGGAGUGGGCUGCUAUUCUUCCAAGGACCUGUGGACAUGGAAGAAUGAGGGGCUUGUCCUUGCAGCUGAAGAAAAAAAUGAGACCCACGACCUCCACAAGUCCAAUGUGCUUGAGCGACCCAAGGUAAUCUACAAUGAGCGGACAGGGAAAUACGUGAUGUGGAUGCACAUAGAUGAUGCCAACUACACCAAAGCCUCAGUUGGGAUUGCCAUCAGUGACUAUCCAACUGGCCCCUUCGACUACCUGUACAGUAAGCGGCCUCACGGGUUCGAGAGCAGGGACAUGACAAUCUUCAGGGACGAUGAUGGAGUGGCCUAUCUCAUUUAUUCCUCAGAGGACAAUAGCGAGCUUCACAUAGGACCGCUCACAGAUGAUUAUCUCGAUGUUACAAAUGUGAUGAGACAGAUUCUCAUUAAACAGCACAGGGAAGCCCCAGCUCUGUUCAAGCACGAGGGAACUUACUACAUGGUAACCUCGGGCUGCACAGGCUGGGCCCCCAAUGAGGCCAUGGUCCACGCCGCUGACUCGAUAAUGGGCCCAUGGGAGACCAUGGGGAACCCGUGCAUAGGCGGGAAUAAAAUGUUUCGGCUGACAACUUUCUUCGCCCAGAGUACAUUUGUUGUCCCUUUACCCGGGCUUCCGGGUUUUUUCAUUUUUAUGGCCGACAGGUGGAACCCUCCCGACCUGAGGGACUCACGGUAUGUUUGGCUGCCUCUGGUGGUAGGAGGGGCCGCUGAUCUGCCGUUCGAGUACAGUUUUGGGUUCCCACUGUGGUCAAGAGUGUCAAUCUAUUGGCAUAGGAAGUGGAAACUUCCAGAUGUCUGGAAGGGUUAGUAGAGUAACUAGCUACGGGAUUCCUUUUGUACAAUCUCAUUUUCUAUCAUAAUGGAGGAAGCCAGUUUGAUAGUUUACAUCA